AGUGAUCUGGAGAAAACCACAGAUGUGAAGCCUUAAGCCCUAUAUGGGGCUGUAAUCCACCACCUGUACUGCAUCUCCAACCUCCUCAUCUCCAGCCAAGCUGAGCAAGAUUUGAUUCCAAGUCAAGAUGGAAGCAUCUGAAGCAGAGGGAAUAAAGGAGCAAGAAGCAGUUCCCCUGCCUAGAUUACAAAGGGCUGGUGAAUUAAAGUAUCUCUUGGCCUCUUACCUGGAGCAACUAAAGAAGGAGGAGUUACAGGAGUUCCAGCUUUGGGUCCAGAACACAACACACCUCAUAAUCCUUUCUGGUAAAACAUCAGUUCAGACACUGAAGAUAAGUGGAACAGAUGUGGCCUCAGAUUUGGUGGCUCAGUAUGGAGAGCAUCAGGCAUGGGACCUGGCCAUUGACACCUGGAAACAGAUGGGCCUGACCCUUCUACAUGACAAGGCCUUGGAAGAAGCAUCCUUGAUGUUGGGAGCACAUGGAUCAGAGAAAGAUUAUCCAAUGCAACCAGAUGAAGAAUCUACACACAGAGAAGGAAUGGAACCAAUUUAUAUCCCUGAGACAAAUGAGAAGUCAGGCCCAGCACAGUCCUGGAAAACUAAUUAUUUUCAUGAAAAAUUCACUCAGCUGCUACUUCUACAUACAUCUCAUAUAAAAGAUAAGAAAUACCUGGCCAGAGAGAGCUGGAUUUAUGACUCAGUAGUAGAUCAAGGAGAUUUGAUUGAGAUUCAAGACUUAUUUGGGCCUGGCCCAGGUACCCAGGAAGAACCUCACACAGUCAUACUAUAUGGGGCUGCUGGGACUGGGAAAUCAACACUGGCCAGGCAAGUGAGAGGAGCCUGAGAGGAAGGACAGCUAUACAGGGACCGCUUCCAGUAUGUCUUCUAUUUCAACUGCAGAGAGCUGAACCAGUGCAAGGUGAACAGCCUGGAGGAGCUCAUGGCAACAGACUGGGCAUCCACUGAAGUUCCCAUCAAGGAUAUCCUGUCUUGUCCAGAACAGGUGCUCUUCAUCAUGGACAAUGUGGAUCAGCCAAUAUCAAACUCGGAGGAUCUUAAUUCUGAGUACCUUCCACAGGGGAGAUAUUCACAUCCAGCACCUCCAGUAUUGGGCCAUCUACUGGGGCCAGACUUACUUUUCAGGGCUUAUUUUCUGAUCACAACUCGGACCACAUCUCUGGAAAUAUUCGCUUAUUCUUGGCAGGCCUGUUGUGUAGAAGUUCUCGGUUUCUCAGAGUCUGGAAGGAAGGACUAUUUCAAGAACUAUUUCAUAGAUGAAGGUCAAGCAAUUAUAGCACUUAGUUUGGUUGAACCAAACCCAUUUCUCUUGACACAAUGUCUUGUGCCCUGGGUAUGCUGGCUGGUCUGCACUUGCUUGAAGCAGCAAAUGGAGCAGGAAAAAGUAGGCCCACUGACCUGUCAGACCACCACAGGUCUCUUACUCCACUACCUUUCCCAGGCUCUCCCAGUUCCACUUCAAGAGAUUCAGGUCAGGCAACUGUGUUCUGAAGCUGCUGAUGGCAUCUGGCAAGGAAACACCUUUUUCAGUGCAGAUGAAUUCAGUGAGCAUGGGUUAGAAGAGGCCACCAUCUUGAGUUACCUGAAGACAGGCUUUCUGCAAGAGCACUGUAGUACUCUGAGAAAGAUCAUCACUCACCAGGUUUUCCAGGAGUUCUUUGCUGCAGUGAUCUUUGUGUUGGAAAAUUCAAAGCUUAUGAAUGAAUAUAAUUUUGAGCUCACAUGGAUACGAAUUUGGCUAAAAUUACAUCCAUGGCAUGACCUUUCAAGAAUCUUGUGUUUCCUAUUUGGCCUUUUAAGUGAACAGGGGACCAAGGAGGUAGAGAAGAUUUUUUCCUGCCAACUACCAGCUGGGGGAAAGUGGAAGCUGCUGCAGUGUAUCAAGGAGGAGACCCAACUUAAGUCACAAUACUCUCUAAACUUCCUCCACUGUUUGUAUGAGACUCAGGAUGAGGAACUCAUGACACAGGAAAUGGCUAAUUUCCAGGAAACUAGGGUGUGUGUCCGUACAGACAGGGAACUCCUGCUGGUCACUUUCUGUGUUAGAUUCUCCAGUCAUGUGACAUGGCUUCAACUGAAUGACAGUGAACUGUCCAUGUGGACACCAUCCACCGAUGCCACUUGGAAGGUUCUCUUCUCCAUUCUCCAGGUCACUGGCAGCCUGAAGGAGCUGGACCUAAGUGGAAAUCCACUGAAUCUGUCUGCUGUGCAGAGUCUUUGUGAAACCCUGGGUCACCCUCACUGCCAGCUGGAGAUCCUGAGGUUGGCUGCCUGUGGGCUCACAGCUGAGAGCUGCACACACCUGGAUAUUGGCCUGAGCACCAGCCAGACCCUGACAGACCUGGAGUUGGACUUCAACAUGCUAACAGAUUCUGGGGUCAAGCACCUUAGCCAGGGUCUGAAACAUCCAAGCUGCAAACUUCAGAAACUAAAGCUGCUUGGCUGUGGCCUAACAUUCAACUGCUGCCAGGACCUGGCCUCUGUGCUCAACACCAGCCCCAAGCUCAAAGAGUUGAACCUGCAGCAGAAUGACCUGGGAAGUUAUGGUGUCCAGCAGCUCUGUGAAGGUCUCAGAAACCCCACAUGCCAACUCACACUACUAUGGUAAGACUAUGGGGUCCCUGGGAUGGGAAAAGCAGAAAAAUUGAUGAAGGUAUAGCUAGCUUGGGCUUCAUACUAGCUAGGUUACUUAUGCUCUGUGACUCCAGAAAGUCGCAGUCUUCUGUAAGACUGUUUCCUAGUCAGUGUAUGGGGACUAUCACACAAAUGUGUGGAUCAUAAUAAAAUAAAAUGUUUGGGUCUAGCUCAAUGGUGCACCACUUGUCUACCAUGGAUGUGGUUCUGCAUUCCAUCCCGACUCCCCAAAAGCAGGUGAUGUGAAAACAAGGAAUCAACCAAAUGAUAUUUAUUUAUGAAGUGCA